AUGAAGGCAAACGGUGUUGCUCGCCUCGUGGUCGGCGGCAUGUGCGCGUCGGCUGUGCUGGUAGCUGUUGUCUACUUCCGGAAGUACCUUAAUUUCGCGUACCUGGCGGAGAAUCACAGGCAACUGCAUGCCUUGGUGGAGAAAAACUUUGCGCUGGCUGGCUGUGCGUACGUGGGCUGCAUGGCUUUCGUUAUAGGUCUAACCGUACCCGGAGCGACGUUCCUUAGUUUCGCUGGUGGAGUACUCUUUCCGCAGCCCUACGCUGCGGUUUUUGCGUACCUAGGCUAUGUCAUUGGCGCGAUAUUCAGCUUCGCGGUCGUGAGCUUCGUGUUGGCUGACGUCUGUAGACGGAGGCUCCAGAAUCUGAGCAAAUUCAAGGCGCUCCAAGCAAAGGUGCAACGGAAUGCGCUUCUUUAUCUCGUCGUCGCCAGGUAAGGAGGUUAUUAAAUAGAACAAGAACUUUUUGUUCUGCUGGGUAAUCUCAGUCGUAGUCCAAGCAUCGAAGUUUUGUUUCACGACAAAGAAAUUCUGAAUUGAGGAACGAAUCAUCACUCAUCUUCUAGCUCCUAACAUGAACAUCACAGGUAUACCUUCGUGUUUCCAUUCUGGUUCGUAAAUAGUGUAUCCGCGAUCGUGGGCGUGUCCUUUCCGACCUUCCUGCUGGCCACGGGGGUAAAUACUCUGAAAUAGAAAUAUCAACAUUAACAUUAACAUGAUUAAACAUUAUGAUUUGUCUAACUUGGGAAUAUAAGAAAAUUACAUGAUACAAAGCAAAGAAGAAGUGUAAUCAACUUGCAGAUUGAAGGUGGCUUGUACGGUGAUUUGUGUACAGUUACAGCGUUUUCAGCAAGCAGCAUCACGACCAUUCAACAAUCGACAGGUAAGCGUUAUUCCGGGAUCUAUCGUCUAUACAAGUGCAGGUCGGAGUCUAGGGAAUCUCUUAUUAGCUGGUGAAAACAGUCCAGAAGCGAGCGCCCUACUAUGGGCGGCGCUUCAGGAUCCAAAUGUCUUAUCUUGCUUGGGCGGAGUCUCCGUCUGUGUCCUUUGCGCGCUUCUUGCCGGAAGAAUAGCAAAUUCUGACAAGGAUACCGAAAAUACCGAUGAAACAGAGAAAGAACAAGAAGUAAAAAAACAAAAAUAG